GUACAAAAUGGUGGGAAGCCCUGUCUGUGUCCAGGGUUUUGGAAUAUCCAAUAAAGGAAAAUCACUGGACUAAGUGUGUUUGUCGACCGACCCUUCAGCAUGGCAACUGGAACCAUCGAUCUGCCUGAAAGUCCGGAAGAGGAAAAUGAAAUGGAUGAAACAAACAUCAUUGCUACCAUGGAAACAGUUGUGGCAGAUAUAACAAACUUUGCAGCCGUAGAGGAGGAAGCAAAAAAUGAAGCAUCGAUAGAAUUACAAAAACUUCCAACAUUGCCGUUAAUGUACGCUUAUACCACAGCAAAUGGUAGCCAGUUCAUCCGAAUUGAUGCAGCCAAUCAAAUUGUUGCUCCCCAGUGUACCCCAGUUAAUAGCAUCUCUGACAAAGCAUAUAUUUUUGUGCAGGACACAGACUCUUUACCUAAAGUAGGCACAACAUCAACUAUUGUCGAUCAAGCCAACCCAGUAUUAGUUCUUAACAAUACUGGCAGGGGAGUGUUUGAAGCAAACGUUGUGUUCGAUCAGUGCCGUGUUCAACCUGGUGUGCAAAGCCAGACAUCUUUUCAAAGUUUACAGGCGCUAGCCCAUGCCAACCUUCUGCAACAGACUCAAGAAAAAAUCGCCAAAGAUCUGGGUGUGGAUUUACCAGAUUCUGAGCAGCGAAAGCAAGAAUUUGUGUGUGAUGUUGAUGGGUGUGGGCGAGGCUUUUCUACGAUGGGUUACAUGAAGUGUCAUCAGGCUGUUCACAAUGGCAAUGCUGAGAAGACAUUGAAGUGCAACGUCCAUGGAUGUAACAAGACGUUUUCCUGGCCAGCGCACCUCAAGUACCACCAGCUCACUCAUACAGGAGAGCGUUUGUACCAGUGUGGUUUUGAAGGGUGUGGACAACGAUUCUACACGGCUCAGCGGUUGCAGGUCCACUACCGGACGCAUAGCGGUGAAAGGCCAUUCAUAUGUCCUGAGAAAGGAUGCCGACGCUCAUUUUCAACAGCAGGAAAUUUGAAAAAUCACAGCAGAGUUCACACAGGAGAGCGACCAUAUGUGUGCACUGUUGAAGGCUGUUGGAAGUGCUUUGCCGAACACUCCAGUCUUAGGAAGCACAAACUUGUCCAUUCAGGUGAAAAGCCAUUUUCUUGUGAUAUAUGUGGUAAAACGUUCACCCAGAGUGGCAGUAGGAAUGUUCACAUGAAACGCAACCAUUUGAACAAGACGCCGGAGCAAGACGGCGCCCAGACACAGCCGAGUAAUGUCUAUGUGGAACUAGCUGAUCAGGAUGUGUUGGUGCUCAGACAGAAUGAUGAAGACACGCGCUAUCAAGACUUUCAGGGUGCGGAGCCUGUUGUGCUUUCCGAGGUUACUGGAGACCAUGUGCUGGCCCUGACCGAUCAUGUUGUGACUGUCUCAACUCAGUCAUCUGAUGAACACAUUGAUUUACCUGGGACGAUUCUGGGAACAGAAGAAAUCCUUCAUGAUCACUGCAUCCAAACAGAUUCUGGUCUUGUCACAUCAUCGGGCACGAAUGUGGUCGUACUGUCUCAGCCGCAAGAUAUCAUGUGUUCCAUAUCAGGUUUCCCGAGCCAAGUCGGCCACCAGGAGGAGAUUGUGUACGACACUGACUUGCUGGAGACUGGUCUUGGGCACGAAGUGAUGGCAGAUCCCAUCAGUGGUGGUUCCAUCAUCGGCGAUAGCGGUAUUUCAGAAAGACCAUGCAAGAGCGGUAUGGACCCUAUGAUGGAGUUGGAUGAUAUAUGAACACAACUUUCAAUCAGACUUAUCACCUUGCCUUGCAGUCAUUGGGCACAGUGUCUAUUGCCAAAGGAGUGUUUUGAGAUAUAAAAUACCAUGUUGGCACGAAUGAUUAUUACGCUGUUCAGUCUGAAAAUUCAUGUAGAAACGAAUGGUUUGUUGAAUAAGGAGGCACAUUUUCUACUGCUCCUAGAACCAAAUCUUUUAUUGGGACUUUGAAGUUAUCAUAGUGCUGCUGGCCAAACAUUAUCUCGAGACACUCCUUGUUUAAGCUGAUAUUGAUCGUUACUUGGUCGGACUCUUCCUAGUCAAUCAAGAUGUCAUAAUCCGGUUAUAUAAAAACUCUGAUUAAUUCUAUCAGUAUUCUGAAACUGGCUUUGAGAUAACUAUAGAGUUGUCCAACCUGCAAAUGUAUAAAAUAAUUUUUGUGGAUCACUUCUUGUCAUUGUUGUUGGAUGUUGUUGGAAGAUGUAUCAUUAGCAAGGUCAUUGUAACAUAGAUUAGAACAAAAAGUUCUAUAGCUCAAAGACCCUUACAUUUUAUUUUUUCUAUGAAACUAUGCGAGUGGUCCUUUAGAUUGUUGAUAAGCUGUUGUGUCUAUUGUCCAACGUAUUUACUUCAUUUGUGUAUUCCUUACGAUCAUGAGCAUAGCUACUGCCAACUAUUAGCAUGUUUUGUGCUGGUCAUAUUAAAUAUGGCAUGUUUGCUACCAGUAACAUCAUAGUUUUGUCUAUUUCACUAUUCAGGUGAUGAAAUAGCACUGAUUGGAAUAGCCCUCACUGGCUUAGUCCUCCUUUGUAUUUAUUUCUAUAUACCUGUGUGUUUGUGAUUAUUUCACUAUUCAGGUGAUGGAAUAGCACUGACGAAUAGCUCUCUCUUGGUUAGUCCUUCCUUGUAUUAAUUCCUAUUUACAUGGAUGUUUGUGAUGUUUUUCACACAGUUACGGGAUCCUGUGUGAGGACCGUGAUAUCGACAAUAAAUGAUUCGAACAUA